AUCUAUUGCUUUCUGGCCUUUCUGAUCUUUAUUAAGUUCUCUAUAUCUUCCUCUCUCCUUCCUACAUUUCACAAACAAGGAGAAGAAGAAAAGGUUAGUGAGGAGGAGGAGAAGUAAUUAAGAUUGUGAGAUAUGGGGAGAGGCAAGAUUGAGAUCAAGAGGAUAGAGAACUCAAGCAACAGGCAGGUCACCUACUCAAAGAGGAGGAAUGGGAUCAUAAAGAAGGCCAAGGAAAUCAGUGUCCUAUGUGAUGCUAAAGUUUCCCUUGUUAUCUUAGGGAGCUCCGGAAAGAUGCAUGAAUACUGCAGCCCUUCAACUUCGCUGGUCGAUCUGUUGGAGGAUUACCAUAAGCAGUCUGGGAAGAUCAGGUUGUGGGAUGCGAAGCAUGAGAACCUCAGCAAUGAAAUUGAUAGAAUCAAGAAAGAGAACGACAACAUGCAGAUUGAGCUGAGGCACUUGAAGGGGGAGGAUAUCUCAUCAAUGAACGACGCCAAAGAGCUCGUGCUCCUGGAGGAAGCCCUUGAAAAUGGUCUUUCCAGUAUCCGCGAGAGGAAGAUGGACUUCUUGAAGAUGGCUAAGAAAAAUGAGAAGAUUUUGGAAGAGGAGAAUAAGCACCUUAAUUUGAUUCUGCACCAACAGGAGAUUGCCAUGGGAACAAUUAGCAGAGAUGUGGCAGAUGAUUAUGAGCAGCGAGUGAUCAGGGACUAUAAUUCUCAGAUGCCUUUUGCCUUCCGUGUGCAGCCAAUUCAGCCUAAUCUACAAGAAAGGAUGUAAUCGGAGUAGCACUACUCAUGGUCCUGAUGGCAUAUAUGGAUCUAAGCUUCUGAUCUCUUGCUUGCUAGCUAUAAUAUCUUGAAAAAUAUCUUUAAAAUAGCUUUAUAAUUUCCAUGGUUUGUAAUAGCUAGCUAGCUAGCUAGAUUUGAUCAUGCAUGCCUAGCCGUUGUGCUAGCUUCUAAUUAAGCUUAUAAUUAUUAUAAGUACUUAGCACUAAAUUAAACGUCCCAGCUAGCCUCAUAUAUAAAGUACUGUGUGAUCAACUUGGAUUGUCGUACGGCUACUAAUUCAUCAUGUAGACCUACUAUGGUAUAUAUUGGUAUAUAUGUUCAACCUAAUUUUAUAA